AUGCUUUGGGUGUACCAGCAGAGGCAGACCCCCCUGAUAGUUACCAUAGAGAUAGCAGGAGCCACAAAGAGCUUCGAUCGUUCCCGGCUGGGCUGGGAGGGGGUUAGUAAUGUCACAGGCAAGUCUGCUUGUCUGCCAAGAGGAAUCUUAGCAAAGUCAGAGACAGAGAGAGAUUUAAUACAUAGUCAGUUACAGUUAAAGAAAAACAUCUUGUUUGAUGAUGUUCCUCAGCCCUGUACCUCCCAGAAGUCAAUAAAUAUUGGCCAAAGUUCAAAGGCAGUUGCUUCACCUCGGCCUCGCUCCCAGCCCGGACACCGCGCAGCCCUCCGGCCGCCGCUGCAGCCGGACGCCGCUCCCGCACCGCCGCUCGCCGCCGAGGAUGCGCCCCCGCCCCGCGGCGCCCCCGCCCGAGCCCCCGCCGCGGCAGGCAGGCCCGGGCCAGCGCCCGGAGCGCGGCGGCUCCGCGGGGGCGGCGGGGCCCGGCCCCGCACCUGGACUUCCGCGCGGGCCCGCGGCCCCUCCCGGGCGGCGGCCGAGCAGCUGCGGGGCGGGGCGGCCGCGGGGGCCGGGGGCAGCUGCGGGGGGGUCCCGGCUCCGAGCGGCCCCGCCCGCUGGCAGGAGGCAGCGGGAAGCCCCGGAGAGGGGCGGGGGCGGCACGGAACCCCCGGCUCCCACGCAGAGCCCACCUCUCCCCUGGGGCUUCCCGUGGCGGGGGAAGAGUAUUCUUUUGUCCCCGCGUGUCCCCGCGUUUGUGAGUGCCCCGAGCAGCGGCGGGGUCGGCUCGGGCCGGGGGCUGCAGCAGUGCGGGCAGCCGUGUCCUCCCCAUCCCCCAGGGCUCCGCUGGACGCGGCGGGGAGGGGAGCGGGACCCGCAUCCGCAGGGAACGCCGGCUCCCCGAGCCCUCCAUCCCGCAGCGCCGGGGCACGGGCGGCCGGCGGCGGCUCCCCCUCCGUGGAGUGCGGAGCCUCCGAGGGCUGCCCGAGGCGGGGGACAGCGGCAGAGCUGUCCCCUCUGUUCCCAGCCCGAGGCACCGGCCGCCCCCAGCCCCGCGUCCCCGUCCCAUCGCCGCGCGAACAAAGAGCCGCGGCGGGUUGCGGGUUGCUGCGGUUUAUACAGGCGCUGGUGAUGCCAGGGUGA